AAAUACUCAUCACCAAUUUGGAUGAAUGUAAAAACAUUAUCAUGUGGAAAGGGAUUUAAAACACAUUCUUUUUUGAGUGAUAAAUCUAAUCAUGAACAUACUAGUGUGAGCUCCGAUGAAGAAUAUUUGCAAAUGAGAAAGGAAGAAUUAAAGCAAUUUCAACAAAAGUAUCCGAAUGUAUUGCCAACACUUUAUCCAAAUCAUUUUGCUUUAACUAGUAACAUUAAAGAGUACAAGGAAAAAUAUGAUUAUCUUCAACCUAGUGAAAAAUUGAAGGAUGUUGAGGAAUGUAUUGCUGGAAGAAUUAUCAGUAAGAGAAAGGCAAGCUCUAAACUUUUUUUCUAUACAAUUAGAACUAAUAAUGAUCAUUCCCUUCAUCAAGUUCAAAUUAUGACUGGCUCCGAAUAUUAUGAUGAAAGUAAUAGAACUACUGAUGAAACCAAUUUCUCUCUAAUUAAUACCAUCCUAAGAAAAGGUGACAUUAUAGGAAUUAAAGGAUUUCCAGCCAAAUCCGGCAAGGGUGAAUUGAGUAUUAUUCCAAAACAAAUUACAUUACUCAGCCCAUGCUUGCAUCAACUUCCUCACAAGGUUUCUUACUCCGAAGGCACUUCCCUUGAUGAUAUUGAAAAGAGAUUUAGAUAUAGAUAUUUGGAUUUAUUAACAAAUCACGAAGAGCUUUACAAUAUAUUUUUAAUUAGAAAUAAGACUAUGAGUUUUAUCAGAAACUUUUUUACCAAUAAGGGUUUCCUCGAAGUUGAAACUCCUAUUCUCAGUGAAAAGAGUGGUGGCGCCAACGCUAAACCUUUCGAAACUCAUUUGAAUGCCCUCGAUAUGGAUUUAAAGUUGAGAAUUGCCCCAGAAUUAUACUUGAAACAAUUAGUUAUUGGUGGUAUGGACAGAGUGUUUGAAUUGAGUAAAGUUUUUAGAAAUGAAGGAAUGGAUUCUACACACAAUCCUGAAUUCACCAGCUGUGAAGCUUAUCAAGCAUUUGCUGAUUAUAAUGAAAUGAUGGAUAUGACUGAAGAGUUUUUCAGACAAAUUGUUACAGAAAUCAAUGGCUCACCUAUUCUCAAAGUUGAUGAUAUCGGAGAGAUUGACUUUAGUAAGCCUUUCAGACGUGUUUCUUUUAUUGAUUCGAUUGAGGAACAUAUUAAGGAAAAACUUCCAUUGCCUACUGACCCAGACGCAGUCAACAAAUUAUUAGAUAUCUGCAAGAAACACAAGGUUAAAUAUUCAACAGAAAAAGUUAAUUAUGGAUACCUGUUAGACAAGUUGCUUGGUACCUUUGUUGAGCCUGAAUGUGUUCAACCAACAUUUAUCAUGGACCAUCCUGUUGAUUUGAGUCCACUUUCUAAAUCUCACAGAGAUAGUUCACUUAUCACUGAAAGAUUUGAACUUUUCAUUGGAACAAAGGAAUUGUGUAAUGCCUACACUGAAUUGAACGAUCCAGAAGAUCAAAGAGAAAGAUUCAGAAAACAACAAGAAAAGAAGAAGCAAGACGAUGAAGCACAUGAAAAUGAUGAAGCUUUCUGUAAAGCUCUCGAAUAUGGAUUGCCUCCUACAGGUGGUUGGGGUAUUGGUGUUGAUAGACUGGUAAUGCUCUUGUCUAAUCAAAAAUCAAUCAGAGAUGUCUUGUUAUUCCCAAUGCUCAAGCCAAAGAAUGUUUCAAAGGAUUAAAUUAUUAUUUAUU